UUUGCUGAAGCCAUUUAUUUCAAUUUCACUCCGCGCGUGGUCAAUAGAGGGCUCAGUGCGUCCACCAGCGACACACUCGCGAAGAGAAGCGGCGGCGCCGGUGAGCCAAUGGGCGCGCGCCGCUUGCUUUCCUCCUCGCCCCCCUUUCUCCGGCGGCGGCGAAGCCGAGUUGGGCCGCGCGCGCCCCGGAACACGGCAUUCGCUUUCCUGACUCGCUCCGAAGCAGCAGCAACAGCCGAAAUGUCUGGACGUGGCAAGGGCGGCAAGGGGCUCGGCAAGGGUGGCGCCAAGCGUCAUCGCAAGGUCUUGCGUGACAACAUCCAGGGCAUCACCAAGCCUGCCAUCCGUCGUCUCGCUCGCCGUGGUGGUGUCAAGCGCAUCUCUGGCCUGAUCUACGAGGAGACGCGCGGUGUCCUCAAGGUGUUCCUCGAGAACGUGAUCCGGGAUGCCGUCACCUACACUGAGCACGCCAAGCGCAAGACCGUCACAGCCAUGGACGUCGUGUACGCUCUGAAGCGCCAGGGCCGCACCCUCUACGGUUUCGGAGGCUAAGCAGCUGCACACGU